ACUCUAGCCUGGACCACAACGUGGGACCCUGUCUCAAGAAAAUAAAUAAAUAAAUACCCCAAAACACUCUCAAAACAUUUCUCAGUUCUGGCUUCAAAUAUGGUAAAUAUCGGUAGAUAUAGCCCACAUAAGCAAAAGUUCUUUGGGGUUCUCAAUAAUUUUUAGGAGUGAAAAGGGCUGCUGAGACCAGGAAGUUUGAGAAUUGCUGACCUAGCUCACAGGGUACCUCAGCAGGGAUGGGACACCACAUUCCGGGGAGAAUUAAUGGUCUUUCAUGGGAAUGUUGCAGCACUCGGUUUACGUCUGCAGUACAACGCUUCCGCAGAGGAACAUCUUAGUUUGCUUGCCUGGGAGCCUCGUGCCCCUGCACAGCCCAUGCUCAGUGCUUACGGAAUGAACAGGAGGAAUGCAUGAAUGCAUGAAUAGGGUGCUGGUGUCCUUUUGCUCCCAGGUCUGUUGUCACUGAAUUGUAGUGAGUAUCCUGUGGUUCCUGUAGAGGGCAGAGCUGCACACAUAGGCAGUCACCUCUACUACCCCUUUCAGUUGUACUGGAAGUUUCUGUGCGUCAGGAAGGAAAAGGGGUUGGUUGAGAAUCUCAGAAUUAUGAAACUUAAAGGGACUUUCAGAAGUGCUUUUCUUUUGCCACUUUCUUCAGAUUUUGGACAUACAGUGAGCCUGGAAGCCAUGCUGUUAUGGUUACUUAACGGUCACAAGGGAGACCAAGUAAGAGCCUAUGACAUUUUAAGCAACUUUGGCGUAUUUCCCAGGGCCUUGAUAUUAAAGGAGAGGGGGUGAUUGUUGUUCUACAGCCACUUGGAAGAGUUUGAGCUACUUUAAGACAGAUUCUAAAUCCAAGGCAUUUUUACCUUCCUGGGCCACGAGAAGAAAGAGCUGAAUGUUGAUUUCUCCAGGGUUGCAGGUUAACGGAAUCUAGUGAGUCAUCUGAGUUUCUCAAACUUGGCCUUGGACGAGGCCACCCUCGGGAUCAGACACUGGGAGACUCAGACACUUAAAGAUUUAAGGAACCCUGAAAGCUCCUAGGUCAAUGCUUCCCGAACGUUUUUAUGACAAGACAUCCUCCAAAAUGAUGAUCUAUGUCCUCCCGAAGUAAUCGUGUCUUCUUGUGGUUGGAGGUGAUGGGCUUUAGGUGCCGUGGCUUAUGCCAGAUCCCAUUAGUCACCCCGAGGGUAUGGGGUAAAUAUCGCCCCACCUCUGCAAUCCAUUUGCUCAGGCUGGGAUGCUAUGGCAUAGCUCCUGGGAAAUUCUUUUCCAGUCUAAAGUGUCUUUGUGUGAAGAGGCUGCAAUCUCAUUGUACCCUAUGUAGAUUCCUCAUGUGCAGCGAGAGAUCAUUAAUAACCUUUCCAAGCAUUUGGAAACUAUGGUACCUCCAAAUUAGACCAGAUUACUUCUAAACCACUGGGGCUGUUUUCCAGGGUGUUAAACAGCUCAGAGAUAACUCAAAACCAUUGAGCUCUACUCCGAGCUCUUCUCUGGACCUGUUUUGGUCUCAGCCUUAAAGACUUCUCCUAUGUAGUCCAGUAAUAUGGCAUAGAGAUCAUGUCCCAAAAUUUCUCACCACAUCAUCAACACAAGGUAGAGCCUGUGAAAACAUGUAAUAACCAUUAUUUCCACAGGGAUGUUACGAAUUUCUAGCCAAGCAUAAAGGCAAAGGAAUGACAUUUUGCUUACCCUGUGGAAACUUGUUCAAUGUCAGCACUGCCCCUAAAUGCUACCAUUAUUUUGAAACAGUGUUAGGGUUAUAAAAAAGUUGCAAAAGUAACAUAGAGAAUUCCUGUACACCUUUCACCCAGCUUUUCCUAAUUGUCAUCUUGCCUAACUGUAGUAUGAUGAUCAAAACUGAGAAAUUAGCAUUGGUAUGAGAUUAUUUUUAGGUAGUACUUAGGCUAUCAUUUUAAAAAUAUAAUAUUUAAACAAAUAUUUUAAUAUAUGUAUAUUAGAAAAAUAAUAGGCAUAUCAAACCUAUAACUUCAUUGAUUUUGUCCCUGAGCUUCAGCUUAAGCAAAAAGUUGAUGUAAAAUAAAUUUUAAUUAAAAAACAUGAAAGUGACUAAAAUUCCAGGUGGUAUAGUGACAGGGCAAAAUUAAUUAUGAAGGUAUUAUUUGAAUGACUGGCACUUGGGGGUAUGUGUCAAAGUAAAUGUGUGAUUUAGAAAUUUUAAGAAUUUGCCUCUUUCCCCUUACUACCUUGGUGGAUGCUCUUAGGACAAUGGCUCCCCAGAGUGGGCUUCCCACUUCAGGGGACCACUUCUGAGUGAUUUGCAUCCUCCAUCUAAUAGACUGAUGAUGGUCAAACCUAGAAUAAAGUCCUUGCAAGUGGCCAUAGCAAGUUUGAAUUCUCUAUAAUCCUCACAUUACAAUGUAGAUUGAUGAUUACGGUGGUGAUGGAAGCUCGUGUUCUUCCGAAGACUGGGCAUUGACAACAGCUUGGAAAUAUUCAUACUAGCGGGAGAUUUGAGAGGGAGGUGUAAAUUAUCCAGUUAAUGGGUUUUCCCCAAUAUAAAUGCAAAAACUGCUUCCAUCUUCAGGUCACCAUGUAAAUCACGCUGCCACCUGGCAGUUUUACGUCCUCCCUGGUUCUGCGCAGAGAUGAUUACUAAGAACUCCAGAGCAAGGUAGCUAUUUGAGAGGUUUAGAUAGCCAUGAGGGGUGUGCAGAUGGCUAGCAGGACUCGUGUGUAAUCUGGAGGGAACUUGCUGACCACAUCUGCCUUCUGAAGUUCAGCAUUUCCUCCUGCCUCAGGAGUCAGGGUCACUUUAAAUAAUUUGUAGCUCUUGAGACUCAGCCUUUUUAUAUCUCCUCCCUCCUUUCCCCUGACUCAGAGAAUCCUGGUUUCCCAGACAUGUUCUCAUGGUUGGUGAGCGAAGCUUUGGUGAGACGUACGGCUUCAGUUAAAGUCUCCCCAACUUCAUUGUCCUUAUUGAGAGCAAGAACUUGCUAGAUUAAAUAAUGCCGUCCAGAUAGAGCAAAGGUGCUUUUUGGUACAUGGCACACUUGGGAAUUUUUCUUUCUAAUCAGAAUCUUCCUCUGGUUAGAGAAAGUGCCACUGGCUUUCUGAUCCUUUUCCUUUUCCCCAUUUUAUUUUUUAUAUAAAAUCUUCAAUGUGAAGAGUAACAGUGAUGAAUAAAGGACCAUUUGAAAGCUGCUACUCAACAAUCUUCUGUAUUUUUCUUGUUUAUAUUCACCUGGAUUUCUAGCUGACUGCACAUCAUCUGGUUUUCUGAAGUGCUUUUUCCAAGUUCUGGGGUUCUCUGGAAGAACAGGCUAAGUAUUCUGAUUUCUAAAUGUCAGAAACAUAAACUGUAGUUAACUUGAUCCUCUAUUUCUGCAUUGGCUUUUGUUUAUUAAUUUUUGUAUUCUUUUAAUUUUAAAUUUCUAUUUUUUAUACCCUUGGAAAAGUUACUUAACUUCUCUGAGUUUCAAUUUCCUCAUGUGAAAACAAGUAUGGUAUUACCUACCCUCUCUAGUUAGGAAUUACUGUGAAAAAUACUCUGUAGAUUGUGUAGUAGCAUGUGAGAGUAAAGAAUUUGUUAUUAUCAUUCAACUUUAGAAUUUUAGUUUAUUCUUGAUUUUAAAAAGGUAAUUUAAGAAUCUAGGCAUGGAUCUUGUGCAAAUUAUUACAUCAGGGUUUUAUCUGCUGAGAUAAAGGCCCUGUCCCCUCCCAACCCCAUUCUAGGUUCUGGGAUAGAAUGAUAAAUCUGUGAUAACUGUAACCAGGUCUUCACAGUGAAGAUGAAAAAAUGAUUUUGAAGUAAAAUAAUCUGGAAGGAAAACCCUAAAUUAUUGAAGGUUUGCGACAUAUUUAUAUUGUCUAUAUUUGCCUCAGGAUUUCUUUUGUUUUAUGUCUUGGGUUUGCCUAUCAUGUAACACCUGCUGGUACGACAGGCAUAAUUAAAAAAUAUAUAACAGUAAUUUGACCACUGAGCCACAUGCUGACCACCUUGCCUAGAAUUUGUAAAUUUGCUGGCAAUGUGUAAUUUUUAUUUUUAUUGCCUCAAAUAACAAUAAGUACAGAAUGAACAUGACCAGAGGGAGCCGUCAUCAGAGCAGGCUUGCGUGACGACUGGAGCUGGGACUCACGGCGUGGGGACCGCGCAGCUCCCCGCUGCUGUGGUGACGCAGGUGGAGGCUGUACCACCCUGGAGGCAUGAGGGGCAUCCGCGAAACUGGGUCAUUUAUUCAUCUAACUUGGCAGGUGGGAGCCACGACGGCUCCACGUGGACCGUGGCGUCUCGCUAACCACCAACGCUGACACUGACGGGCCUGCUGGGCGAUUUCACGCAGUCAGCUGAGAAAGUACCGCGCGGCUAGGCUUUGGUCUUGUCCCAAGGGGCCAUUUGCAAAAUAUUUAUUAUUGGGAUUGAGUGUACCCAACGAAUGUCACCCAUCUUUUCCAACUAACUUCAAAACCAACUGAGAGACAGAGGUGAGAGCUAGGCAGUUGGAAAUGAAGAUCUCAUCUUUAUUAUUAAUAAAGCUGUGCUGGGAGAUAUGUCUUAGAUAUGGUCAGUAAGCUUGCUUAGCAUUCUUUUAAACUAAACUUACAUCCCCGAGCAUCAGGUCUCCUUGGAAACAGAGCUGGCCCUGCAGGCCCCCACGGAGCGCAGAGAACGGUGCAGAGAAGCACUUUCUUCGGGUGUGCAGACACCAACAAUAUAUAGAGACAAGUGGAACGCGCCCAGCCCUGCCCGGCCAGUUCUUUCCCCACGUUCAUCAGUCAGAUCCAUCUCCCUUCCUCCCAUGAGGAGUGCAAGAGGAGAGAGAAUGGUUGUGCCACCUUACUGGAGACUUCUUAUACCUGGAAACACGGACCCUGGGGAAGGGAAGGGAGCUUCCCCACAGCCCAGCCGCACUGCCUGCCAGGCCGCACGCUAGGACUCCACCUCCAGCGUCGCAAGCACCACAACAACCGUAAGAAGUUAAGUGCUAUUUUGGUAGUGCAGAAACUAAGGCUUCAUAACGUAAACAGUUUCCCCACGUACACACAGCUAGGAGAGUGAGGGAAACAAUUCACCCUUGAGUCUAUCUGACUGAAAACCUCUGCUCUUACCCAGAGCUCUGUGAAGUCUCAAAGGUCUUAGGUUUAACGGCACUUUUCCCCUUAGCAUGCACCCUGGACAUGAUGCUGUAUCUCUCUAUGUUCUGGUUUCCCUCUCUGCUCAAUGGGAGGGCAGUUCCGGCUUAGAUGAGAACUCUUAUGGGAAUAAAUAAUAAGGAAUGGUUGUAAAUUACAGUUAGCUAACAUACAUGUGGAUGCCCAAGGAAUCCACAUAUGGAUGAAGGGUAAGAACUGACAAUGUUGAUAAUAGAGUGUGCCCAGGCUCUUUUCAAAAUUGUCUUUAUCUGUGAGCUGACACAUGCUGGAUGAAGGAGGUUAGCCCAGUUUCCCAGAAAAUGGUAAGUUGGGUCACACUGUGCUUGGAAGAUUAUUUCAUUCAUUUAUCCAUCCAUGAAACACUUAUAAGAUGUCCACUGUGUACCAGGAGGCUUAGGGCUAAAUUAGGAGGAUGCUUUGAUGGGAUAGAUAAUGCUUCUAUGAUCCAGGACUAUGAGGUUCUAUGCAUAGCCCUAGAAAGCAAGGUAGUUAAAGAUUAUAAUAUCUGCUCAUCCACAGUGGCUUCUUGGCAGAGACACUUGCAGCUAUUGUAACUCUUAUCCUUUUCAAAGACAUGUUCACUGCAUUUGAGUUCCUAUUGCAUCACCAUGAUGAGAGAUUCAUUCAUUAGUUCAGUUACGUGUUUCAACAUGGCUCUGAAGCCAUAUGUUUAUUUUUUAAGAUUCUCUUUGAUUGGGACCAAUUGGACAUUUUUGAGCUCAAAAUGGUGGUGUCUGGGGGAUGCUCUCACUCACUGGGUGGUUAGUGAGAUUUGGCAUAGUUACAAAUAUAUUGUCUUUUUUCUAUGCCAAAUGCAAACAUCUUUCAGCUAUAUACAAGAAAACUUUCUUAAAGUGAUUUAGUUUGUGGGUGAUAAGAAUACCCUGAUAAAGAAAGCAGUGAAAGUGCUUUGGAUAUUUAGAUGGGACAGACCAAGGAUCUGUGACUCAUCCUGUUGGGAAGGUUUUCUUAGUGGGAACCCUAGAAGAGAAACAAAAACGAUGAAUGAAGGUUUUCCUGGCUUUGUCAUAACCUUUUGCUGCUCUCUGUAGACAAAAUGAUUGUUCUGUCCACUUAGUGUCUUAUACUUUUAAAUUAGAAUAAUAAUUACUACCAGAUAAAGCCUAAAAACCCACUAGAUUUUGCACUCAUUUCUAAUAGCAUUCCUGACUUUCAAAGUUCUCAAUCAUUUCCACAAUGUCUCGAGGCUAACAAAGCUGCCCUCAUCACUAUAUCCAAAGUACCCUCCUUGAUUCAAGUCCUAAGUGUGUGUUCCAAAAUUGUAUGCAUUGGUCCUGAUGUGGUUCAUGUCGUGUCUUUCCUUCUGGAAUGCUCUUUCCCCUUUUCUGCCUCCUGAAAUACUAGUCAUUCUGCAAAGAACAAAAUAAGGCCAUCUCUUUGAUCAAGUCCCCCAACAAUUGCCCUAUGUCGUGCAGAUAUUCCUCAUCUUUGAGUCCCAUGGUUCUUGUAAUAUGACUCACAUUAUUUUAUAUCACUUAACUGUUCACUCUGCAUUUAUUUUCCCUCCCAACUAGAUGGUAAUUUUAUGUAUAGGAGGCACUAUUUCUUGUGUGUUUUUUUGUUAGAGCCCUUGUCCUUGUUAGAGCCCAGAACAAUGCCGUGCUCAUCUUAGAGGCUCAAUGAAUAGUUACAGAAUAAAUGCAUGAGUUCUCAUCUGCUGAAAUUCACUAAAUCCUGAGCUCUGUUGUUGACUUAUACUGGGAAGGGUUUUCAAUGGACUGUCUUUUCCUUCCUCAAUUUUCUGCAUGAUGGAGUUGAAAGAGCAAGGGCUUUGGUGUCAGAGAAUCCACCACUUAUUUUAAAUGACCAAGGCCAAGUUUUAUUCACAGCUGCUGAACAUCCCUUGCCUCAUCUGCAUAGGAGAGAUAGGGACUCUCCCACGAGAGCGCAGGAAAUCAUGUUUUAGGGAAGCUGGCACAGUGUUUGGAUGGAGGAGAUGUCUCGUCUGGCUGCUCUCUUGGACUCCACCCAGGGUGCACCCUGUCCUCUGCUUUCCCUCAGGUAGCACCAAGAGCCCUUUCCUUUUCUGUUCAGUGAGAUCCUGAUUAAUGAAAGCUUUCUAAGGAAGCUCAGCUUGGUGUAAACAAAAACCUCCUCUAAAUCUUGUGGAGCAGAGCUGUCUGGGUGCAUUAGCAUGACAAAACCACCCCGGGACACAGCAAUUUGUCCCAGUCCAGUUGAAGGUGGAGCCAUGUUGGCUCAGCAAAAUGACCAAGUGUUCUAAAUAUAUCUGGGUCAGCAGGCUCCUCUUUUUGUGCUUUCUGUCUUCCUUCAGCCCUCAGCAACCUCAAUGGCUUCCCAUCCACUCCACCACAAAAACUGAAGUAUCUGUUAUAAUUACUGCCCUUUGAUUAACUGAUUAUAGUUGAACGUGAAUGAGUUUCUGCUAGGGUAUUCCUCCAACUAGCAGUUGUAUUUUAAGGCUCUUAAAUCUAUGGUGGAAUUAGAAGCUAUGUGCGGUGAUAGAGAGCUCCAGCAUCAGCAAGCAGAGACUUUCUGGGACAGGAAAAUUCCAAAGGCCCAAUCUGUUGGCUCUGAGGUUGACUUUGAACAUAAACCAAAUUUAGCCUUUGUAACGGGUAGGAUAUGCUGGCUCAGAGGGGCCACCUCUCUUUUUCUGUGGUGGCUGGGCUCCCUCCUCCUGGGGACAUUUGACCUUGUCUCUGGUUCUGGAGCUUGUUUUGGUGACUGGCAGAGGGUGGGUGGAGAUGUGAGUACCCUAUUAUAAGAGGGCUCUAGUGAGUGCCAUUUCAUAGGCCCCUUCCAGCCUCUGGGGGCCAAUGUUCCCUGCCAGUGGUCCCCUGGAAGUCACCUCUUCCCUCCUUUGAGUGCUGAUAUCAUAGCCUCAUUCUAAACCCUAUCCUCAUCAUUUUCUAUUCUAAGACCCAUAAAUGCAUGUUUUAUGUUUUCCAAUACAUAAGAUGCUAUUUUAGUUAGCAUUUCAUUAAUAGACUUUCUGUACUAUAAAAAUCACCAUAAAUCACAACAAGUAGAGUGGCGUGGCAGAAUAUUAGGCUAAGAAGCAGGAGGCCUAGGCUCAAUUUGACUGCACAGCUAGCGCUGGUGCUCAGUACUUUCCAGGCCUGCCUCUGGCUGGCAUCCAAAGACAGCCGCUGCCAAGCCUGAACCUUCACAGACUUUGAAGGCUUGUGUUCCAGCUCUGCCACUAGGUAACUGUGACCUUGGACAAGUACAUUUACCUCUCUGGAUUAUGUAUAUAAUGGUGGCAUUAGAGCAGGUGAACCUAAUGCCCACUGUAGCUGUCAAUUUUCUGAGUCUAUGUGCAGCAGACCUGCCUCUGGGAAUUAAUACUUCAAAGUAACAUUUUCAUAUUGUAAUAACCCUUCUUGUCUGAUAUCCUUGAACUCUUUUCUUUGUCUCUUACAUUAUUGCCAUCUUUGUUAAUAAUAUCUCUGGCUGAGAAAAGACCUGCGAUGAGGACCGAUGCUCUUCAAGAAGAGAUGUUUACUGGAAUUAGAGAGAUCUCAGGGAACACAGAGGACAUCCCUCUGGUGCGCUGGAGGCAGCAGUGGCUGGAGAAUGGCACUUUGCUUUUCCACAUCCAUCACCAAGAUGGUGCCCCGAGCCUCCCUGGGCAGGACCCGACUGAAGAGCCCCAGCACGAGUCCGCGGAAGAGGAGCUGCGGAUCCUCCACAUCUCCGUCAUGGGCGGCAUGAUCGCUCUGCUGCUGUCCAUCUUGUGCCUGGUGAUGAUCCUGUACACUCGCCGGCGCUGGUGCAAGCGCCGCCGCGUCCCCCAGCCCCAGAAAAGUGCCAGCGCCGAGGCAGCCAAUGAGAUUCACUACAUCCCCUCCGUGCUGAUCGGCGGGCACGGGCGGGAGAGCCUGCGCAACGCCCGCGUGCAGGGCCACAACUCCAGCGGCACCCUGAGCAUCAGGGAGACGCCCAUCCUGGACGGCUAUGAGUACGACAUCACCGACCUGCGCCACCACCUGCAGCGGGAGUGCAUGAACGGAGGGGAGGACUUCGCCAGCCAGGUCACCCGCACCCUCGACUCCCUGCAGGGCUGCAACGAGAAGGCAGGGAUGGACCUCACUCCAGGCAGUGACAAUGCCAAGCUGUCGCUGAUGAACAAGUAUAAAGAUAACAUUAUUGCCACUAGCCCAGUGGACUCCAACCACCAGCAGGCCACCCUGCUGUCUCACACCUCCAGUAGUCAGAGGAAGCGGAUCAACAACAAAGCAAGAGCUGGUUCCGCCUUCCUGAACCCUGAAGGGGACUCUAGCACAGAGGCAGAAAAUGACCCCCAGCUGACCUUUUACACAGACCCCUCAAGGAGCCGGAGGCGCAGCAGAGUGGGUUCUCCCCGAAGUCCUGUGAAUAAGACCACCUUGACCCUGAUCAGCAUCACUAGCUGUGUGAUCGGCCUCGUGUGCUCCUCUCAUGUCAGCUGCCCUCUUGUUGUCAAGAUCACCCUGCACGUCCCUGAGCACCUGAUCGCUGAUGGGAGUCGCUUCAUCUUGCUGGAGGGGAGUCAGCUGGAUGCCAGCGACUGGCUGAACCCUGCCCAGGUGGUUCUCUUCUCCCAGCAGAACUCCAGUGGGCCCUGGGCCGUGGACCUCUGUGCCCGGAGGCUCCUGGACCCCUGCGAACACCAGUGUGACCCCGAAACUGGGGAAUGCCUCUGCUACGAAGGUUACAUGAAGGAUCCCGUCCACAAGCACCUUUGCAUCCGCAAUGAAUGGGGGACCAACCAGGGGCCUUGGCCUUACACAAUAUUUCAGCGAGGCUUCGACCUGGUGUUGGGAGAGCAGCCCUCUGAUAAAAUAUUCAGAUUCACCUACACCCUUGGGGAGGGCAUGUGGUUGCCCCUCAGCAAGAGCUUCGUGAUCCCGCCAGCAGAGCUGGCCAUCAAUCCAUCAGCAAAGUGCAAGACGGACAUGACCGUGAUGGAGGACGCUGUGGAAGUCAGAGAAGAGCUGAUGACUUCAUCCUCUUUCGACAGCCUGGAGGUUCUCUUAGAUUCCUUUGGGCCCGUGCGGGACUGCAGCAAAGAUAACGGGGGCUGCAGUAAGAAUUUCCGCUGCAUUUCAGAUCGCAAGCUGGACUCCACUGGUUGCGUGUGCCCGUCGGGACUCAGCCCCAUGAAGGACAGCUCCGGCUGCUACGACCGCCACGUGGGCGUGGACUGCUCCGACGGCUUCAACGGCGGCUGCGAGCAGCUGUGCCUGCAGCAGGUGUCGCCGUUCCCCGACGAGCCCGCGCUCUACAACAUCCUCAUGUUCUGCGGGUGCAUUGAGGAUUACAAGCUGGGUAUGGACGGACGCUCUUGCCAACUCAUCACGGAGACCUGCCCGGAGGGAGGUGACUGUGGGGAAAGCAGGGAGCUUCCCAUGAAUCAGACCCUCUUCGGGGAGAUGUUCUUUGGUUACAACAACCAUUCCAAGGAAGUGGCUGCUGGACAGGUGCUGAAAGGAACAUUCAGGCAAAACAACUUUGCUCGUGGUUUAGACCAGCAGCUGCCAGAUGGUCUCGUGGUGGCCACCGUCCCGCUGGAGAACCAGUGCCUGGAGGAGAUCUCGGAGCCCACCCCCGACCCCGACUACCUGACUGGGAUGGUGAACUUCAGCGAGGUGUCCGGGUACCCCGUCCUGCAGCGCUGGAAGGUCCGCUCUGUGAUGUACCACCUCAGACUCAGCCACGCUGCCGUCUCCCAGGCCCUCAGCAAUGCUCUCCACUCGCUGGAUGGGGCUACAUCUCGGGCAGAUUUUGUGGCUUUGUUGGACCAGUUUGGCAACCAUUACAUCCAGGAAGCUAUCUAUGGCUUCGAGGAGUCCUGUUCUAUCUGGUACCCAAACAAGCAGGUCCAGCGGCGACUCUGGAUGGAAUACGAAGACAUCAGUAAAGGCAACUCCCCAUCUGAUGAGUCAGAGGAGCGAGAAAGAGACCCCAAGGUGCUGACGUUCCCAGAAUACAUCGCCAGCCUGUCAGACUCUGGCACCAAGCGCAUGGCAGCUGGAGUCCGCAUGGAGUGCCAGAGCAAGGGACGAUGCCCCUCGUCCUGCCCCCUCUGUCACGUGGCAUCCAGCCCUGACCCCCCUGCUGAGCCGGUUCUGCUGGAGGUGACCAAAGCAGCCCCCCUCUAUGAACUAGUGACCAACAACCAGACCCAGAGGCUCCUGCAGGAGGCCACCAUGAGCUCUCUCUGGUGCUCAGGGACAGGAGACGUCAUCGAGGACUGGUGUCGAUGCGACUCCACUGCCUUUGGAGCUGACGGACUCCCCACUUGUGCUCCUCUCCCGCAGCCUGUCCUGAGACUCUCCACGGUUUAUGAGCCCAGCAGCACCCUCGUGGUCCUGGAAUGGGAACACUCAGAGCCACCGAUCGGGGUGCAGAUUGUAGAUUACCUCCUCCGCCAGGAGAAAGUCACUGACAGGAUGGACCACUCUAAAGUGGAGACAGAAACGGUGCUGAGCUUUGUGGAUGACAUCAUCUCUGGAGCAAAGUCUCCUUGUGCCAUGCCAUCUCAGGUGCCAGACAAGCAGCUUACCACCAUCUCUCUGAUCAUACGCUGCCUAGAGCCCGACACCAUUUACAUGUUCACGCUGUGGGGAGUGGACAACACAGGCCGGCGCUCCAGGCCAAGCGAUGUGAUCGUGAAGACACCGUGCCCGGUGGUGGAUGAUGUCAAAGCCCAAGAAGUAGCAGACAAGAUCUACAAUCUCUUCAACGGCUACACCAGUGGGAAGGAGCAGCAGACUGCCUACAACACCCUCCUGGAUCUGGGCCCCCCCACCUUGCAGCGCGUCCUCUACCACUACAACCAGCACUACGAGAGUUUUGGAGAAUUCACCUGGCGCUGUGAGGAUGAAUUAGGCCCCAGGAAAGCGGGCCUCGUGCUGUCCCAGCUUGGGGACCUGAGCGGCUGGUGCAACGGACUCCUUCAGGAGCCCAAGAUAAGCCUGCGCCGCAGCGCCCUCAAGUACCUGGGCUGCCGCUACAGCGAGAUCAAGCCCUACGGACUUGACUGGGCAGAGCUCAGCCGGGACCUCAGGAAGACGUGCGAGGAGCAGACCCUGAGUGUCCCCUACAACGACUAUGGGGACAGCAAAGACAUCUAGCACCACGAGGCCAGGUUGCUGCUGCCAAAAUGGAGGGGAGAGAGGAGGGGCUUUGUGGGUUUGUGUGUGACUUUUUAAUAUUUUUUAAUGGGACAUUAAAACCUCCAUGGCAACGUCUAAACCACGGAUAAAGUGACCCCCUGCUCCCCGCGGAACUUCCACAGUGUGACGUUCUCCACCUGCAUGACCCGUAGACCUGCCAGCCAGCGGCUUCAUGCAGCGCCGUAUUUUUUUAGAGGAUUACUUUGGGGUUAAUUUGUUUCAUUCUUUUUUUUUUUCCUUCAAGAGAUUCACCAAAAUGCUCAAGAGCUCUGUCAUGCUUCCCAUGGGAGGUCUACCACGCUGAGGCACUUCCGUGCUCACUGAGUUCCUAAGUUCGUUGCAGCUGGGGACAGAGGCCAGGCCAGAAGGUUGUCAGUCCUGCCUCAGGCCCCUCCCCAGGCAUCCCUGAGGAAGCGCUCACUCAGGGAGCCUAAGCCUUGCUCUCAGAGAAAAGCAGUGCGGCCGCUGGAGCGGUGGCCCCACCUGUGCCUGGUGGUUUUUCUCCUAGGACUUCCUAUUUCUAGCCCCACUUCUCACAGGUGGACCAGCUCCGCUUACAGCCCCAGUGGGCCUCUGGGGUUUUAGGUCCUCCCCCAUUUUAAACCAGGGCUGGGAUUAAAUUCUUCUCGGGCAGACCUCUGCCCCCUCCUCUGAACUACAUGAUCUUUGAGAGGCCACAAGAUGCCACCUGUCAGAUGCACCUUUAGAGAAGUCUACCUGGGAGACUGUUAGCAGUCCACAUUCUAGAAAAGAAGUGAAGUUUAUUGUUUUAACAAACCCCUAAGCUUCCUGGAUGAACUUCCCCAGUCCCCCAACGCACAUCCCAGUGCCUGGGUUCCUGCCUCGCACCGGGACAGAUGAGGUUGCCGUCUGAUGAGGUGCACGGGGCUCGGUACUGCCAUGCCAGCGUCACAGUGAGCUAAAGCUAUUAUUGAUCACCAAAUAUUUCUGUCCAUUUCCCCUCUUGCUAAGUUUGCCGUGUCACUACUUUGGCAAACGGUUUCUCUGACGGCUGUCAGUGGGAGGACUGCCGUGGUCACUGCCAGCUGGUUGGUGGGAGUAGCAGAGGUUCUGUGUAGACAAGCGCCACUGACAGGUGAGGGCCGGUGUCUCCACCCCACUGCCCGGGCGCUGGCAUGGGCGCCGGUGCUGGCCCGGCGGGCCGGGAGCCCAGCCUUUCAGAAGGAGGCAGGCAGGGCCAUGCCGACCGCUGUCCUGCACACCUCAGAGGCCGGAACACAAACUUUCUGUCACCACACCUUUGACCACAGCUCCACAUUUGCAAACACAGGAGAAAGUCUGGAAAGAGGAGCAGAUCUAUAAGGCUAGCCACUGAGCUCCACUGAUUUUUUCUAAACAGUAACAAUGACAGAUAAGAUUUUCUGAGUGCUCGCUGUGUGCCAGACACCGCUCUAAGCACAUUACACAUCAUUGAAUUCUCACAACGACCCCCUGAGGGAAAAGCCAUUUUUUUCUCCAUUUCAGUAUUGAGGAAACUGAGGCACAGAGAGGUUACACAACUGUCCCCAAACCUUCCGGGCACUGUCUGCUGAGCUGCGUUGAGUUCAGGCUUCGGACUGCAGAGCAAAGGGUUUGACGGGCCAGUGCGCCCCGCUCUGUGCUCGGUAUCGAGGGCGGCAGCAGCUGUCUGGGCUCCCGAGAGCCCUCCGUCCCAGCACACGUGGCCUAGACGUGCCUCUGUGCAGGGGAGGCGGGGAGACACAGUGAAGCCCUAGCCUCUGGGGCCAGGACACCGCUGCGACGCCCGGCUCUGCAGCAUGCGGCCCGCCCACCACGCAACCGGCGGGCAGCCUGGGCAAGCUGAAGGCGCAGGGUGGUCCCCCGUCCCCUGGCUUCGUUCCAGAGAGAGUGGAAGACGUCCGUCAUCCUCUCGAGUGCCCCUGCCUCAGACGUUCCCCGGCCUGCAGAGCACGGGCUGACGGGACGCCCGCUGUCUGCCUGUGGUCAGCGCAGGGCCUCAGUGCCAGGGCCUCAGGGGCAAGGCUUUGACGUGGCCAGAGAAGUCUGUCGGUCAGCCAAGCAGGGCCUCUGGCGUCUUCUCGCCGCUCCUGUUCUGCCGUCCUUUUAUUCUUCAAGUCUGCCAGGACGCGGUGUGUUGAAUUUGAGUGGAAGAAGGGUGAGGCUGCCCAUGCCUUCCUGCCCCGGCGGGGUGAUGGGAGCGGAUGGGGCAGAGAGGUGGGGAGGGGCCCCAGGGCCCCCACUGCUGUUUCUAUUUUAGGCACACUACACUCCUCUCCCUUCUGUCUUGCCCUCUACUCACUCCCCACUCCCCCUCCGAGUUCCUGCACUUCCUUUUCAUCCUUUUAUUUUGUCCUUUUCUUUCCCUUUCUGUGACCCUCCUCUUUUGUCCUUUCCUUCCCCAUGAUUCUCAUCCUCCUGCGGCCCCCCUCUGCUCUCACUGCACAUGUGUAUGUACACAUACAUGCACACGCAUGCGCACUGUGCAUGCAACUCCUGUGACUGGCGCCCACUUGCUCUCGAGCUACGAAGGCCGAUCUGAAGGGAGCAGGGACAGUCUUAGGCCGGCUGUGCAGUCAACUGGAGGAUUCUCCCCCCAGGAGGACACUGUCCCUCACACCUGCUGCCAUUUCCCAAAGCUUGCCUGGAGGAACCCAUGCUGGCUAGAAAGGGGGAUGGUCCUGGGUCAGUGUUAAACCUCAAGUUUUAAAGCUGCCAAACAGGUCUUAAAGGAGUCACUUAUGUUCACCAACACUCUCCCAGCUCUUGUGGCCCCUUGAGACCUCUGGGGUUUCCUCCGGAAUGUACAUGAACCACUGUAAUAGCAUUAGACUUUUAAUUGAGUGUGCAACCAUUUUCCAUGCAGUUUGGUCAAUUCAUUAUUUUUUGUUAACUAUACUUCUCAAUAUUCAAAUGUUCUAUUAAAAAACCGAGUGUGGAAAAAAAGAAAACCACUUUACUACCGUAGAAGGAAGUAAGAAUAUAAUGUGACCAUCUUCAGGUUUAACAGUAUUGUUUAAAAAAGAUUUAUUGUACAAUUAUAAAAAAUGAAAUAACCAACUAAAUAAUAAACAAAGCUGUUAGUAAGU